GAAAACCGCAAACGCGGAAAAAGGCGCGGGCCCUGUACACUCCGCGAGCCCCAUAGGAACACUACCGUGGAACAAAUAUAAUAACAAUGCGUUUCAGUUUUACGAAUGACGGCGGCGAUAUAGUAUAAUAUACGUAUUGUACAGUAUAAUAAUAAUUGCAACAAUCACAAUAAUAUUAUAAUAGUCGUGUGCAGGCCGCGAGACACGCGGAAAUCCGACACGUCGCUGAUAAUCGGAACGGAUUUCGCUACGAUCGAUUUCGGCGAUUUCUCGUACCUACCUCGUCAGUGCAGUGCACGCGAAUGCCAAUACGAGUACGAUACAUAUACAUAUUAUAUACGUAAUAAUAACCAUAUCGGACUCGCCGAGCACAAGCGGAUAACAUAGCGAAUAAGACCGUCGCGAAAACAUGACGUUCCCGGCCUGGCCGAUAUGCACUCAUCGCUAUUUUUGUCUGCUCUUGAUAUCGACGUGCUACUAUUAUGGCGUCACUACAGCCAUUACAGUGGUCGAUCACGUGUCCAAGGAUCGAUAUGUACCCGGAGCUGAAAACGAUAGGGACACCGUUGACGACAUGCGCUUGGGAGAGAAAGUGGAAGACGAGGACGCGGAAAACAAACAUUUCAUGGACGUUUAUUCGUUGCAAAGCGGACCUCAACAAUUGGAAUUUGGACACGUGUUCGAGGAUCCAAACGUCUGGGAACAAAGGUACGAGAAAAAGGAUUUCGAUGCCCAACGGUACCAAGGAAAGGUGAAAUGGGGUGACAAAGACGGCAGUUACGGUGAACAGUAUUGGGAUUUAAACCACGGCGGCGGUGGAUCUAACGAAAACGAAAAAAACGAACCAUACGAAGAACCUACUCCGAUAGAUUACGGACAGGAGAGCCGUCAGAGACCCGUGAUUUAUAAGCCAAUGAUGAUGACACUCCUUAAGAAUAAACCCAAGAAACCCGUUAAAGGUGUACGGAACUAUCCAAAGCGACUAGUAGAACCACCAGCAGCACCGACAACUAUAGGAAGCUCCGCUAAAAAAACCGCUCCUGUUUUAGUUUUCGACAUGAAGACUGGAGUGGUCAUGGACGAAGCCACAGGGAAUAAGUUCAUUUUGAAACCGAUAAAAGAUUAAGAAUUGAUUAAUUCUUAAAUAUUGUUUAAUUGUAUACAUUUACAAUUAUAAAAACUUGAAGUACUGAAGUAUCUAGAUGGGUUAUUUAAUUACAAUACUAUAGUAAACGUAAUUUUUUUUUCUAUUAAAAUUAUGUUAUACCUCAAAUAUUAUAAUGUAGUUUUGCUACACCAGUAAAUAGUUGACUUUAUACACAACUAACUAGCCCUUUUUUUAAUGUACCAAUAAUCGAUUUGUUUGAUUAAACUUUUAAAUUACUAUUGUUUUAAUCAAUUUAUUUUAAAGAUUCAUGCUUCAGAGCUCAUUAAACAGAUAAAAUGUAGACAAGUUUGAGAAAAACAAAUAUUAGAUAAGUAAAGUAAGUAGGAAUAAUUUUCCGGCAGUAAGUCAUAUGCAAUUAAAAUAAAAACGAUUUGUAAAAGUUUUCUCUUUUUUAACAAUCACUCAAAUUUUGAAUAACAAAAUAAACAAAUAACAUUGUAUUAUUAGUUA